AUGUUGGGCACCAACACAACAGCCCUUUCUCUGAGCUACACGGCCACAGGAUAUACAAACUCUCAGAGAACUGAAGAAUCUCAGUGCAUAAUAAGAGACUACAGACUGCUGUUAAUUUUGAGUGUCACUAUUGGUGUUUGUCUGUGUGGGCUAGUGGAGAACGGGAUGGUCAUGUGGUUCCUGGGCUUUCACAUGAAGAAGAGCCCUUUCACUGUUUACAUCCUGAAUCUGGCCAUCGCCGACUUCUCUUUGCUCCUCUUUCUUCUUGUUAUAUUUUCACUAUACAUUACUAUAGCAAUUUCUUGUUCUCGAUUAUAUAUCUUUUCCACAUAUCUCCUGAUAUAUCUGUUUCUCUUGUGGUACUUUACUAGCAUGUAUCUCCUGACAGCAGUGAGCAUGGAGAGGUGUCUGUCUGUUUUAUUCCCAAUCUGGUACCGAUGCCAUCGCCCAAAGUGCUUGUCAGCUGUUAUCUGUGGGGUGCUCUGGGCUUUUUCUGGACUUCUAGUUUGCUUAGUUCUUCUUAAUUGUUAUGCCUUCUUUAAUAUUAGCUGUCAAAAAAUAUUUCAAAACAUAGGCAUUGUGAAUUUCCUCAUCUUCUCCUUCUUCCCAUUCCUUUCCAACCUGACCCUGUUCAUCAAACUUCGAUACGGCUCACAGAGGCGUCACCCCGGGAAACUCUAUGUUGCCAUUUUGCUCAAUGUGAUCUUCUUCUUCGCCUUUGGGUUUCCUUUAAGUGCGAUGAUGUUCCUAGAGUCUAUAAUUCCUUUAAAUAUAUUUUACACUCAUAUUUCUUACCUGAUGGCGUCUCUAAACAGUAGCAUCAACCCCAUCAUUUACUUCCUGGUUGGGAGCUACCGUCAGCGUCGGUUCCAGGGCCCUGUGAAAGACGCCUUCCACCGAGUGUUUGCAGAGAAAGUAAUGUGUGAAGAGAGCAGCCGAGGCCCCAGAGACACUGCAGUGGAGACCACAGUAUAG